AGGACCUAGAGGAGGACUUCUGGGAUAUUGAUGAUAGUAUUGAUGAAGAUGAUGAUGAUGAUGGUAGCUAUAAAUGGGAGAGAGAUCGCUUUGAUACAGCAGAACUGAACAGUUUUCUCAAAAAGAAACUGCUUCCUGACAACCCAGAUGAUGUAAAGGCUGAAGACACCCCAUCAGAAAAAGAACCAGAACCUCUGAAAGUGGAACCUAAAGGUACGGAGGAAGCUGAAGAGCACAUUCUUAAGGAAGUAAAAAAUGUGGAGAAACAGGAAGUGUCUGCUGAAAUUGAGAACAACAAAGAUGAAAACAAAAGUGACAGAGAAGAAACUAUUAUUGUUGAUGCUCCAGACAUUUCUGAUGGCGAAGAAAGUAAUACAGUUGAUACCCCAAAAAUCUCUAAUGGCGAAGAAAGUAAUUUAGUUGAUGCACCAAUGAUUUCUAAUGGUGAAGAAAGUAAUACAGUUGAUGAUCCAUCAAAUAACACUAAAAGUGAUUCAGAUGAGAUUGCUGAUGAAGGGAAAGAAGUCGAGGUCAGCAAUGAUGAAAAAGAAUCCAGAAAAGAAGAAACUGUCGAGGACACGCAUGUUGACUUGGAAGUUGAUGAUCCCACAGAGUUAGAUGAGUCUUCGCCAGAUGAGUUUGAAAUGAAGAAAAUGGAGGAUGGAAAAAGUGAGAAUUUGAAAGAAGCAGCAGAAAGUAAUGGAAAACAGGAGAGCAAAACAGUUGUGGAAGAAACAUCUGCAACUGAUUUACAUUUUAAAGGUGAAGGUGAUGCUAAUAGUGACGAUGAGGAAGAACUGAAGAGUAAACAUUCACCAGGGACAGAUUCUAAAGGAACACAUGAAAUAAACAUGGUAGAGGAAGCUGUGUCAAAAGAUCUGAGUAAAGAUGCAUCAUCGGAAGCAGAUUUAAAACAUUUAAAAGAAGAAUUAAAAAGCAGUGACACAAAAAAUAUAGAAGAUAAAAAUGAGGCUGGCGAUACAGUAUUGCCCACUGGAGACAAAUCCGCAGAUGAAACACAUUUUGAUAAAACAUCUACUGCAGAACAUGAAACAGAUGGCUCAGAUGUUACACCUGAUACACUGUUAGAUGCAUCGUCUCCAGAGUUUAAUCAGAGGUUAGACUCACUUGCUUUAGAAAAGAGCAGAUUGGUUUCUGAUGUGGAGGGAAGAGGCCAUCCACUUGAAAAUACUGCAAGUAUUGAAGCAGAUAAAUCAUCAGAAGACAUUUCUAGUCUGUCAGAUGAAGGUGAAGGAAAAUCAAAAAAAGAGAAUUCUGUAUCUGAAAGUUUUACAGCUGAACAUGUAGACCAAGGGGAUGAGAAGUAUCUUGGUGAUAGCUUCCUCCACAGUAGUAGAGCACAGCUAGAAGAUUCUGAUCUAGCUAAAGAGACUCCUAAACUGGACAUAAAUCCAACAUCAGCUUCAAUUUCUGAGAAGAUUUCAGAAUCACAGUCUUCACAAGUGGGAAUUGAGUCAAGCAAUACUGAUGAUCAGAAGAUUGAUGCAACAGGGAAUCAGAUUGAUAAGAAGCUGGCUAAAACAGAGGAGUUGGAAACAAUUACAGAAGGAGGCUCCACUAUUGUUAUUAAUAAAGAGGGUGAGUUGGUCACAGCCAUAUUGCCAGAAGGUCAUAUAUCUCAGACAUCAGAUGAAGUGGCACUAACUUCUUCCAGUGGUGUUGCCAGCUCUUUGUUAACAAAUUCUGGUCAGUUGGAUCCAACAGCAGUUGGCAGUAUACUAAAGCCAUCACAGACUCUAGAGGAACUGAAAAAGCUAGACACUGAAUCCCAGCAGAAAGCUGGAAAUAACUUCAACCAUAAGAGUGCAAACACCUCAGGUGUACAACAAGAAAACAGUGAUAUCCUUUUAGAUAGUCAGCUGGUCAAUAAAGAUUAUCAAAGUGCAGAUUUCAAUAGUAGAAAGGUCCUCUCUGUAGACCACACAGCAGCAGCAGCGUCACAGCAACAGCAGCAGCCACAGCAGCCAGCCUCAGAACAGCCUUCGGAGGAACAGAAACAACAGAACCUCAGAUCAGUUGUACCAACACCAGUAGCCAGUCCUCCUUCGAAACUUGAUUCAGAAAUGAGCUUAGCUGUCUCAGAGACACUAGCUGAAACUCUGGGUGCAACUUCAGAAGAUGCAGAUAACCAGGAAUCCUCUACAGAUAAGGAACAUUCUAGUGCAAAUGGUAGUGAUGGACCAGUUAAACAAGAGCUAUUACCUGACCAACUGGAGCAACCAGAUGGAGCACCAAAAGUAACGGAAGCAGCAACUGAAAUCCCUACUGGCCACACAGACCUUCCUCCAUCAGAAAACUCUGUCGAGUCUGCGCAGACACCAGAAGACACCAGUUCAGCCACAGAUUAUGCUACAGACUCAAUUUAUCAUAGCAGAAAAAUUAAUGAUGAGGAUUUGAUGAAUGAAGAGGAGCAGAAGUUUACUGGGCCCAGUCAGGGAUUUUUCAAGAAGAUCAUUAUAUCUAUUGAAAGCCAGUCUAAGAACCUGCUUGAAAAGCUGCCACCAUCGGUACACUCUGUGCUGGAGUCAUUUGGUUUGGUGUCCAACAUGAAGCUGGUGGUGAUCACCUUUGCUGUGGCCUUACUGAUUUCAAUGACUUUCAUCUCCUGUUGUUCUUCUGGAGGGUCUAACAAGAAACUACAACAGCAGAUGUUAGUGAAGUUUGAUGAGCUGGAGAAAAAGCGGUUGAUUGAUAUCAAGGAAAGGCAGAACUUGGAAGAUGAAAUCAGUAGCAAAGAAGCUAAGAAUCAACAAAUGAAGGGAGAAAUUGAGAAACUGAAGGAAGAAGCAAAGAAAAAUAAGUCUGAACUACAGACAGUACAGUUGCACAAUGAAACACUGAAAAAACAGCUGACAUCAUUUCAGUCACAGUUAGAAGAACUCAAAGAAAACGCUAGCUCUAAACAAGGAGAAGUAAAACAACAAAGCAAAAAGACCAAAGAUUUGGAGAAACAGAUAAAGAAGUUAGAAGAGAGAGAAAGGAAUUUUGAGCAAACAGCACAAAAGCUGUUAUCAGAUCUGAAACACAAGGAGGAGGAGGUGGUGUUACUGACAUCCAAGGUAGUUGGUUUCACAGACUUGGUUGGGCAUCUCCAGACUAGCAAGGACCAACUGUUGGCAGAAGCUGAUGACUGGAGAGAAAAGGUUUCUGACUUGAAGGAAAGACUAGAACAGAGAGAAGAGGAAUUUAGAGAGAUGCAGGAGACAAUCAUGUUCAAAGAAAAUGAAUUAGAGGUGCUGAAAGAUUGCUUCUUACAGUUAAAGGCUUUUGAAGAAAGAGAAGAGGGUGAAGAGGAUGCAGAGAAUGUCAGUGCACGAGUUCAAGAGAAAAUAGCUUCAAUGAUGGAUGUGUCUAAGAUGAAUGCAUCUUUGAUAGCUUUGGAAGAGGAGAAAAAUAGCCUUACGAACAAACUACAGAUUGAACUUGAAGCAAGACGAGAGUUAGAAGAACAAUUGGAAAGUUCACGUCGCAGCUUGGAGACAAGCAUGGCAGACAAGAUGAAAGCAGAACGACAGUAUCAGGAAGCUCAGACUAAAUUUAAUGUCCUGUCUUCUUACUUCAAGGAAAAGGAAAUGCAGCUUCAGAGAGAGCUUGGUGAACAUGAAGCCUUGAAGAAACAGAACCUGAACAAGCUGGUGAAUGCCGAUGAGACCACAAAAUCUAUACAACAAGAGCUGGACUUUAUUAGGACACAGAAUGAAAGUUUGAAGAGAGAGUUAGCAUCAUCAGAGAGAGACUUCCGCUCUCAGAUUGCUGCAAAUGAGAAAAAAGCUCAUGAAAACUGGCUGGCUGCUCGAGCUGCAGAGAGAGAACUCAAGGAAGCCAGGCAUGAGGCUGGAGUGCUAAGACAAAAGUUAACAGAUAUAGAGAGAAGGCAGUUCAUUGGUCCAGGUGGAUUAAUACGACCAUUGCCCACCAGGCUGCCACCAACUGGUAUCUUGAAUGGGCCGCCACCAGGAAUGGAGCGAUCACCAUCCAGAGGUUCUUUGCCACCUAUGCUGCCCAUCCCUCCACCCCAUUUGAGGGAUGAAGACUUCAUAGCCACUCGUGGAGAUCGAGGACCACCACUAUUUCCAUUGGAUAUGCGCCGCGGCCCAUUGCCACCUCCAGGGAUGAGACCUCCUCUAGAUGCUCGUUCACCUCCACCCCGUUUGCCUCCCUUUGGUAGUGCCCAUUCUCCUCCCCUGCGUAUGCCUCCUCCAGGAAUGAUGGAUGGAAGGUCACCUCCUCCAUAUGAUCGCCGACUUCCACCACAUCAUAUGUCAGACAGACGCAGUCCACCAUUCCGCCUCCCUCCCCCUGAUAUGUUUCCACCACCACCACCAUUAAUGAGAGGUGGACCUCUUCCACAUCACUACCUUAGUCGUGGAGGUGCUGGAUCACCACCUUUGGGACCUGACUCUCCUCAUUUAGAUGGACGGUACCCAUUACCAUCUUAUGGGAGGAACCCACCACAUCCUCAGACAGACCGUCACCGAAACAGAGCAAGCAGAUGUCCCCACAACAAAGCCAAGUCUAAUGAGGAGGUUAAGAUAUCUUGUAGCCUGUACAGAUGUGCUUUAAAAACAAAUUAUGACUUUUAG